CUGGCCUGGCUGGAGACGGCAGCAUGGAGACUGGGACUGAGGACCCAGGACUAAAACGUCGUCCGACGCUGGCCUCUUCCUGGGAUGCCGCACGCGGGGCCCUGACCCAGAGUCUCCUUCUCAGCCAGGCUGGUCUCGGCGCCCACGACUUCGACUGCGAAGAGCUGCUGGCGCCGCCUGCUUCGGGGCAGGAUCUGGUGAUUUUGAAGAGAAGCCUGAACAGCCAAGAUGAAAGCCCCUGCUUCCUCUACCUGAGGUGUGACCCUAACGGAGGUGAAGAAAUCGUUUCUGUUGGCAUUCUCAGUUCUGCAAGAAAUAUGGAAGUAUACUUAGGAGAGGAGUACUGUGGAACCAGUCGGGGCAAGAAUGUUGGUACUGUCCUGGAUGACAGUGAACAUGAAAAGAUUAUUUUGUACAAAAAAUAUCUAAAAUUGGAAUCCACACAUGCUUGUCAAAUAAAGUUGCUGUCCUUUGGUGAAAAGCAGUGUGUAUUCAUCAGUAAAGUUGUGGUACACAUGAGAUCGGUUUUGGCAAAUUCGUCAAAAAGCUCUCCUGCUCUAGGAUCAAGGAUAGACCUUGACAAGGUCCAAAGCAUAAUGGAAUCCAUGGGAUCAAAGUUAUCACCUGGAGCUCAGCAACUGAUGAAUAUGGUUAGAUUCCAGCAGCAGAAUUGCAUUCCCGUUGGAGAACAGCUUCAGUCGGUUUUGGGAAAUCCUGGAUACAAGCAUGUGAUUGGACUGCACUCAUCAUCUACCUUAGGAGCCUUAGACAAGUCAUCCUCCACACUUUUUCCUUUUAGAACUGGAUUGAUGUCUGGAAAUGUGACAGAAAACUUAAAAGCUUACAUCGACAAAAGUACACAGCUUCCUGGUCAGGGGAAUACUGCAAACCUUAGCGAGUGUAAAAUUAUGCCACAAAAUCAUUCCCUUCUUGAAAAAGAUCUUAAAAAUGUAGUAUCCUCUUUCUUACCAAAGAAAACAAUUGACAACGCAAAUAUACCUAACUCUGAGUUGCUGCCUUUUCUCCAGAAUUUGUGUAGUCAAGUUAAUCAUCUCCAUGUGGGACAUAAGGCUGAGUGGCAGGAAAACAUCACCAAGCCCAGUGAAGGCAUUCUUGGUGUUGGAAUGGAAGAACAAUCUGUUUGCUCCUACCUGGAAAAGAUUCUUUCUAAAAACAUGGAACUGCUGGAAAAGAAACUUACAGAGUACAUUGAUCAGCGAAUAUGUAAACUCCAGGAGCACAUAGAUGAUAAGAUUGCUUUGUUAAUGGACUUGCUGCAAAAUCCCAACUCCCCGCCCACCGGGAUACCUCUAAGACAUUAUGACUCCAGAGAAAGACUUUCAAAUGGAGAGAUAAGCUCUCAACAUAUACAAUGUACUGCAGAUAUCUAUUGCAUAUUUAUUACAAAGCCAAAACCCAAAAAUGUUUCUGAAAAGCAAGGAUUUAAUGUCCUUUGA